UGUGCCAGCGCACGCGCGCUCCCGGGAAGGAGCAGUCUCAGAUCCAGAACGAGCAGCCCCAGUUUUUCGGAAGCGAGUAUCAGGACUGGCUGCGAGCGGCCGGAGCCAGACGGCGCAGGGUCGCGGAAGAGGGCACAUGGCUGCUCUCCUGCUGCUGCCCCUGCUGUUGCUGCUGCCGCUGCUGCUGCGCCUCUGGCCCCAGUGGCGCUGGCUCGCCGCCGACUUGGCCUUCGCGGUGCGCGCCCUACGCUGCAAACGCACGCUCCGAGCGCGCGCCUUGGCCGCGGCCGCCGCCGACCCGCAGAGUCCCGAGGGGGGCUGCAGCCUGGCCUGGCGCCUCGCACAGCUGGCCCGCCAGCGGCCCGCGCACACCUUCCUCAUCCAGGGCGCGCGGCGCUUCAGCUACGCCGAGGCCGAGCGCCAGAGCAACCGGGCGGCGCGCGCCUUCCUGCGCGCUCGGGGCUGGGACGGGGGCCCGGGUGGCGGCGGCGGCGCGGGUGGCGCCCGGGAGGGCGAGCGGGCGGCCGGAAGCGGCGCGGCCCGGGCCGCGUGGGAAGGGGAUGGCGCGGCCCCUCUGGCACCCGGAGACACCGUGGCGCUGCUUCUCCCUGCCUGCGCGGAGUUCCUGUGGCUCUGGUUCGGGAUGGCCAAGGCCGGCCUGCGCACGGCCUUUGUGCCCACCGCCCUGCGCCGGGGACCCCUACUGCACUGCCUCCGCAGCUGCGGCGCGCGCGCGCUGGUCCUGGCGCCAGAGUUCGUGGAGUCCCUGGAACCAGAUCUGCCGGCCUUAAGAGCCAUGGGGCUCCACCUGUGGGCUGCAGGGCCUGAAACGCAUCCUGCUGGCAUCAGCGAUUUGCUGGCUGAGGUGUCUGCUGAAGUGGAUGAGCCUGUGCCUGGGUACCUGUCUGCCCCCCAGAGUGUGAUGGACACGUGCCUGUACAUCUUCACCUCGGGCACCACCGGCCUUCCCAAGGCUGCUCGGAUCAGUCACCUGAAGGUCCUGCAGUGCCAGGGUUUCUACCAGCUGUGUGGCGCCCGGCAGGAGGAUGUCAUCUACCUGGCCCUCCCACUCUACCACAUGUCUGGCUCCCUGCUGGGCAUCGUGGGCUGCUUGGGCAUUGGGGCCACAGUGGUGCUGAAGUCCAAGUUCUCAGCUGGUCAGUUUUGGGAGGACUGCCAGCAGCACGGGGUGACAGUGUUCCAGUACAUCGGAGAAUUGUGCCGCUAUCUCGUCAACCAGCCCCCGAACCAGGCAGAACGUGGGCACAAGGUUCGGCUGGCGGUGGGCAGCGGGCUGCGCCCAGACACCUGGGAGCGGUUCGUCCGGCGCUUCGGGCCCCUGCAGGUGCUGGAGACAUACGGACUGACCGAGGGCAACGUGGCCACUUUCAACUACACAGGACAGCGGGGCGCCGUGGGCCGUGCUUCCUGGCUCUACAAGCAAGUCUUCCCCUUCUCUUUGAUUCGCUAUGAUGUCACCACAGGAGAGCCGUUUCGGGACACCCGAGGGCACUGUGUGGCCACACCUCCAGGUGAGCCAGGGCUGCUGGUGGCUCCCGUGAGCCAGCAGUCGCCGUUCCUGGGCUACGCCGGGGGGCCAGAGCUGGCCCAGGGAAAGCUGCUGAAGGAUGUCUUCCGGCCGGGGGAUGUUUUCUUCAACACUGGGGACCUGUUGGUCUGCGAUGACCAAGGCUUCCUUCGCUUCCAUGACCGCACUGGGGACACCUUCAGGUGGAAGGGAGAGAACGUGGCCACGACCGAGGUGGCCGAGGCCCUGGAGGCCCUGGAUUUUCUCCAGGAGGUGAACGUCUAUGGAGUCACCGUGCCAGGACACGAAGGCAGAGCUGGAAUGGCAGCCCUGGUUCUGCGUCCCCCCCACUCUUUGGACCUUGGGCAGCUCUACACCCAUGUUACUGAGAACUUGCCGCCUUAUGCCUGGCCGCGGUUCCUAAGGCUGCAGGAGUCUCUGGCCACCACAGAGACCUUCAAGCAGCAGAAGGUUCGGAUGGCGAACGAGGGCUUUGACCCCAGUGCUCUGUCUGGCCCGCUCUACGUUCUGGACCUGGCUGGGGGCUCCUACCUGCCCCUCACGGCUGCCCGGUACACAGCCCUGCUGGCUGGGGACCUUCGCAUCUAAGAGCCCUGCCCCAGCUUGAGGGAGGGGCGUCGGGUGGGGACACGGCAGGUGCCCCGGGACUGUCAGGGAUCUUUUCUCUACCAGAUUUGUAAUCAUUCUUUUGUAAUAAAUGGGGCUGGAGCCA